CUUUCUGGUAGGCUCAACAUAAUCUUUUCUACCACUUUCAAAUCAAUGAGGGAGUCUCCCAUGAGUUUGCUCUGAUUUACAAGUUUCAUCAGAUCUUCAACAAACUCACCUACUGGCUGAUUCUCUUUCAUUCUCAGAAGCUCAUAUUUCCUUCUGAGAUUUUGCAAACGCACCUGUUUGCUCCUUGCAGACCCCAAAAACUCCUUCUCAAGUUUACUUUAAGCCUCGUUUGCAGUCUCACGUCCCAUAAUCCUGUUGAAAACCGAUUCAGACACUGCUGAAUGUAUGAAUGACAAGGCUCUAUAUCUCUUUGCAAUAUCUUCUUCAUAUUGCUUCACCUGAGCCUGUGAAGCAUUCUCCUUCAGCACUGGCAAUUCAGUUUCAAACUCAAUAGCAUUCCAGAGGUUAACACCUCUUAGAAAUGCCUUCAUUUUUAUGGCCCAAACUGCAUAAUUGGAACCAUAAAAAAAAAGAGGUGACUGCUGUGUAAUGGUUGAAGUUGAAGUUGACAUGUUUGAUAAAGAAGUUUGGUUAUUGUAGAUGAGACUUUUAAGGUAAUUUGUAAGUGUUUAAACUGACUCAAAGGAUCAAUUCACAGCUCUGAUACCAUGUUCUUGUUAAUGCAGAAAAGAGGCAGCAGGCAUGCAAAGAAGAAAGUAAAAACAAAUAGACAAAACAGAGAGUAGAACUUGGUUAAUAUCGAUCCCUUGCAUUAACUGACGAGAAAUGCAUUAAUAUAUACAAGAGCUGUUUAACUAACACUUGUACAAAAAAUAUCCAAGUGUUUGACACAUCAUUAGAGCAAACAUGCAGUGCUUACACGUCCUAGGACAAAUGUGCAGCAACAUGCACUGUGAAUUACCAAACCAGCACAACAAAACAAAGUGGACACUUGUCCUGUACAUAGUUAGACAAAAUGACAUUCAAGCUAGUUUUUAUCUCAACAAGAAUGUCUGCUGACGAAAAUUCGAGCUCAUUUACAAUUGGUAACUUUGCACAAGAGAAGGGUUUGCCAUACGUUCCGAAAUGCUAUGUAGUUUCACCUUCAAAUCGUUCGAGCUUGGACUUGGUUCCUGAGAAAGCUCAAGUGCCGACCAUUGAUCGGUUGAGACAGAAUGACAGUGAACGCUCAGCCGCCAUCAAAGAGCUUGGUGAUGCUUGUCUCCGUGGGGGCUUCCUUCAAGCAUCCCCUUUAGAAACUAAAGAAAACCCUUUUAUAGCCACUAGAAAGUCAGAGACAAGAUAUCCCUCUGACACAUGUUUGCUUGAAUGGUCAUGUUUCAGAGCAAAGAUGGGCAAAUAUUAUGCAGAAGUUAGGAAACUGGCCUUGGAAAUAAUGGGAACAAUCAGAGAGAGCCUUGGUAUAGUUCCAAACCAGCUAGGCAAAAAAAUGGAGGAUGGCGUGCAGGUCAUGGCGGUAAAUUGUUACCCACCGUGCCCUGAACCAGAAAUGGCACUAGGAUUGCCACCACAUUCGGAUUACACUUUCUUAACCAUUGUCCUCCAGAACUCAUCAGGCCUUGAAAUCUUGGACACUGAGGAUGGCAAGUGGAAGAUUGUCCCAGUGCUUCAUCCUGUAGGUGACCAUUUUGAAGUGCUGAGCAACGGCUUAUACAAGAGUGUUAUGCACAGGGCUAUCCUGAACUGUGAAAGGACUAGAAUCUCCACUGCUAGCCUGCAUAGUUUGGGCAUGGAUGACAAAAUGGGAACUGCCAAAGAGCUUGUGGAUGAGAAGCGUCCUAAGGGAUACAAAGAAAGUAGCUUCAGGGAUUUCCUAGAUUUCAUUGCAACAACUGAUAUUGGAGAUGGGAAGAGCUUCAUUGGCACACUUAAGCUUGAAAACUAAGGGGUUUGCUUCUGAAUCUAAA